AUGCCUAUUCUCGAAAUUUCUUCAGCUCAAGCACCCAAGGAUCUCAAAGCCUUUACAAAAAAGAUGAAUGCUCUCUUUGCUGAAUUGAUCGGCAAGCCCGAAAGUUACUGUUUGGUCACUUUCACCAAGGUGGAUAGCUUCUAUUUCGCUGGUUCUGACAAGCCUGGAUUCCUUGUCAAGGUUGGCUCCAUUGGUCAUAUCGAUAACGAUCGCAAUUCCAAGUUGACCGAGUCUGUCACAGCUGAACUCGUGAAGGAAUUGGGCGCUGAAGAUGGCCGUGGUUACUUUAUCUUUACCGAUGUUUCCGCUGAGAACAUUGGUUACAAGAGUACUACGUUUGCCAACUUUAUGAAAUAA